CACCUACAGUUGAUAGUGUAACCUGCUUUAAAUAGACUGGUUUAUGUUUCUUCGCUUGGGAAAAGAGACUUAGGAAAACAGCACAGGCUCAGGAUGACAAGCGUGUCUGCCUACAGGAGACAGACCUUGAAGGAGGGUGAGUGAUGCAGCCAAGGUGCGCGCUUUGGAAAGUGCAUGCUCAGUGAGGAGAGGCAGCCCAGGGCACAGCAUCCACCCCAUCAUCCCUGUGCCGGAGAGCUGGCCUCCUGCCGAAGGUCUGGACCUUCCAAGAGAAAAUGGGAGGAUGGAAUCUUAAGUGACCCUCCCCACCUUUUAAAUAUUAGCAACAAAUUCCUCUUUUCCCCCCAUAAGAUCACCAAGCAGACUAAAAAGUGAACCAUUUUCGGCCCAUGUCUUUGUUUUUGCAGUGAGAGAGAGUGGAGAGGAAAAUGUGUAACCUGGGAUGAGGCGGCUCCGCUGCAGACACUCCUGGUUCUGGUGCUUGGGAAGCGCAGUGCCUGCCGCGGAGCACGUGCUCUGCACGUUUUCACUGACUCAGUGAGCCGGCUGGGGUCUGAACAGAAUUAAGAAGAAGAGCUUCCGCAACCAUAGCAGAUGAAGAUCCAUUGGUAAAUCCAUCGGGAUUUUUGGCCUGCCCUCCAAAGAAAAGGAGCGGAAAGAAUGUCGGAGCGGGCCGCGGAUGACGUCAAGGGGGAGCCGCGCCGAGCGGCGGCGGCGGCGGCGGGCGGAGCAGCGGCCGCGGCCGCCCGGCAGCAGCAGCAGCAGCAGCAGCAGCAGCCUCCGCAGCCCCAGCGGCAGCCGCCGCCGCCGCCGCGGCGCCUACGGCCGGAGGACGGCGGCCCCGGCACCGCCUCCACCUCGGCCUCCGCCGCCGCCGCAAUGGCGACUGUCGGGGAGCGCCGGCCCCUGCCCAGUCCCGAAGCGAUGCUGGGACAGUCGUGGAAUCUGUGGGUCGAGGCUUCCAAACUUCCUGGGAAGGACGGGACGGAGUUGGACGAAAGUUUCAAGGAGUUUGGGAAAAACCGCGAAGUCAUGGGGCUCUGUCGCGAAGACAUGCCAAUAUUUGGUCUCUGUCCAGCCCACGAUGAUUUCUACUUGGUGGUGUGUAACGACUGUAAUCAGGUUGUCAAACCGCAGGCAUUUCAAUCGCAUUAUGAAAGAAGACACAGCUCAUCCAGCAAGCCGCCUUUGGCUGUUCCUCCCACGUCAGUGUUUUCCUUCUUCCCUUCUCUGUCCAGAAGCAAAGGGGGCAGUGGGAGCGGAGGCAGCCGCCCUUCCAGUGGAGGUGUCGUAGGCACAUCGUCGUUCAGUUCCAAGUUGUUGAAAUCGCCCAAAGAGAAACUGCAACUCAGGGGGAACAGGCCAAUGCACCCCAUUCAGCAAAACAGAGUCCCCCACGGUAGAAUCAUGACGCCCUCCGUCAAAGUGGAAAAGAUCCUUCCGAAGAUGGACGGCACACUACUGAAACCUGCGGUGGGGCCCGCCUGUCCUGCUACUGUGAGCUCCUCAGUCAAGCCUGGCCUUAACUGCCCCUCCAUACCAAAGCCGCCCUUGCCUUCACCUGGGCAGGUUCUGAAUGGCAAAGGGCUCCCUGCACCUCCCACUCUGGAAAAGAAGUCUGAAGAUAAUUCCAAUAACAGGAAAUUUUUAAAUAAGAGAUUAUCAGAAAGAGAGUUUGAUCCUGACAUACACUGCGGGGUCAUCGACCUCGACACCAAGAAGCCCUGCACCCGGUCUUUGACGUGCAAGACACAUUCCUUAACCCAGCGGAGGGCUGUCCAGGGUAGAAGAAAACGAUUUGAUGUGUUAUUAGCCGAGCACAAAAACAAAACCAGGGAAAAGGAAUCGAUUCGCCAUCCGGACUCUCAGCAACCAACACAGCUUCUCAGGGACCCGCAUCCCGCCCCUCCUAGGACUUCGCAGGAGCCACACCCAAACUCUCACGGAGUGAUUCCUUCUGAAUCGAAGCCUUUCGUAGCUAGUAAACCUAAACCUCACACCCCCAGUCUUCCAAGGCCUCCAGGCUGCCCUGCUCAGCAAGGUGGGAGUGCCCCCAUUGACCCUCCUCUAGUCCAUGAAUCUCCACACCCUCCCCUGCCUGCCACUGAGCCAGCUUCUCGGUUAUCCAGUGAGGAGGGAGAAGGCGAUGACAAAGAAGAGUCUGUUGAAAAACUGGACUGUCAUUAUUCAGGUCAUCAUCCUCAGCCAGCAUCUUUUUGCACAUUCGGGAGCCGGCAGAUUGGAAGAGGCUAUUACGUGUUUGACUCCAGGUGGAACCGGCUUCGCUGCGCCCUCAACCUCAUGGUGGAGAAGCAUCUGAACGCGCAGCUGUGGAAGAAAAUCCCACCAGUGCCCAGUACAUCACCCGUCUCCACACGUGUUCCUCAUCGGACAAACUCUGUGCCGACGUCACAGUGUGGGGUCAGCUGUGUGGCAGCAGCCACCGUGUCUCCAUCCCCCGUCCUGCUCGCGUCCACCUGCAUCUCCCCCAACAGCAAAUCGGUACCAGCUCAUGGAACCACACUGAAUGCACAGCCCGCCGCCUCUGGGGCGCUGGAUCCGGUGUGCAGUAUGCAAUCCAGACAAGUGCCCUCCUCCUCCUCCUCCCCCUCCACGCCCUCAGGCCUGUCCUCCGUGCCCUCCUCCCCCAUGUCCAGGAAACCUCAGAAGUUGAAAUCCAGCAAGUCUUUAAGGCCCAAGGAGUCUUCUGGUCACAGCGCUAACUGUCACAACGCCAGUAGCAGUACCAGCGGCGGCUCAGGAAAGAAACGCAAAAACACUUCCCCGCUGUUAGUUUCCUCGUCUUCCUCCUCGUCCUCCUCCUGCUCUUCUUCGCAUUCCAUGGAGUCUGUUAGGAAAAACUGUGUGGCUCACUCGGGGCCUCCCCACCCUGCAGCGGUCACGUCCUCUCACGGCCUCGGCCUCAACUGUGUGGCCCACAGAGCGAACUCGGUGAGCGCCCGGCACGAGCCGGCGGGGAGGGGCCCCCCCGGUGGGAGCCCGGCCGAGCCCAUCAAGAGGAUGAGUGUGGUGGUGAGCGGCAGCGACUCCACACUCUGCCUCGGCCCGCUCGUCCACCAGGCCAGCGAGCUGCCCGUCAGCUCGCACGGCGGCUACCCGCACGCGCACACUCCCCUGGACAAGCUCGUAGGAAAGAAAAGAAAGUGCUUGCCCGGCUCGAGCAGCAUCGGCGGCGGCGGCGGCGGCGGCGGCGGCAGCAGCACCAAACCCAGCAAGGUUGCCAGACUGUCAGCCAUGAACCACGUGCACGUGAAACACCCGGGCCCCAGCGCGGGGGCCCCGGGACUGACGAACAGUUCCCUCCUCCAUCAGGUCGCCCGGCCAUGGAUAGCCAGAGACUAUCCCACUUCAUGGAAUAGGGGGCUGGCAGUUUUGGAUCUUGGCUCGUGGGAGCUGAGCAGCAGGAGGGCAGGGUAAGAUCAUUCCAGGCAGAGGGAGCAAGCACCCUGGGCUAGCAGCGGGCUGAGGCAUGCAGACUGGAGGAUGACACUGGGUGAGCUUGCUGAAGAGGUGCGGAGGGGCUGAUAGGGUCGGAGAAGUUGGCACCAGGUUGUCAAGGGCCUGAAGCGUCACUAGGUCUGCAUCCUCAGGAACACACGGUUUUAACCCCAUGUAACUAUCAGAGCCCAGAGAUGUUCAUGGUCCAGUCCCAGCACAGUGCAGCUGCCACAAGUUAAAGCCAUUCAGAUCUUUACUGGCGAUUGUGGAAGAUAUAAGAGGCACUUAAGUCGCUCUCCCUGUUUCUGGCAUUUUUACUCUUGCCUCAGACUGUCUUUAGCCCCCCACCCCACCCCCAAGCCCUAAUCUCAAAGCUCUGCCCUAGAUCCCACCUGAGGUCCUCCCCCUUCUUACCCAGUCCUCGCUUCCCAGUAAGAAACUCCUCCUCCUCUUUCUAGUGGGAGCGAAACUAGCCUCUCACCCUGGGAGGCUGUGAUUCUUGGCACCUGUUAAACUCACUUUCCCAACCAGAGCCCAUGGACCAAAGGGCCCUACGAUAACUAUGAGGACACAGUGGACAGGCGAGAACCUUGGGACAAAAAGUUACCAAGCUGUUGCAGUAAUCGAGGAGUUCACAAACCUCAAGCCCAUCUCCGUGGCCCAGAGGGAGAAGACAGCCCAAGACGAGACCCUGGAGAAGAGCGUGUUUUGGUGAAGACAGACGGAGAAGAGUGAAAAGUCAGAUCGAGGGAGGCAGAGAAGGAUGAGGUUUGAAACAGCAUCAAGGAUUAAUGUGGAAUUAAUUACACAACUGACUGGCUAACGACCUUCCAUCAGUCCAUGGCUGCUGACGCCUGGUCAGGGUACUGAAGACGAAGUGUGUUCAGUCAUGAAAUCUUAAGUGCGUCUCGUGUAUGUGCUCGAAGGAGGAGGAAAAACUUGACUGCCUCACCUCAGAACUGUAUUUGUUUAUUCAUCAUGAGGACGGAAGUACACACAGACAAUUACACAAGCAGACUGAACCAGCCUUAACACUUCUACCCAAAUGAGAGAUCCAGACACGGAGCCUCUAAAGAAGCAGCUUGACGUUACGAUUUAGGAACAAGAUGCACAGAACAGCACUGGACUGGACUUACAAGCAAACUCUGACUCGGGACUGCCCUCUGGGGAGGCCACGACUGACUUCCUGCUCAACUGCCGACACCCAGCUUGGCAAUUCAGCUGCUGCUUCCCGGGCCCACUAUCACCAGAAUGGCCAUCACUCAACAGUCCACGAACGAUGAAUGCUGGACAGGGCGUGGAGAAAAGGGAGCCCUCCUGCACUGCGGGUGGGAAUGUACUUCGGUGCAGCCGUUUUGAAAACCAGUAUGGACAUUCCUCAAGAAACUAAAACCACACUUACCGUAUGAUCCAGCAACCCCCCUCCUGGGCACAUGUCCAGAGGGAACUCUAACUUGAAAAGACACAUGCACCCCAGUGUUCACAGCAGCACUAUGUACAAUAGCCAAGACAAGGAAGCUACCUAAAUGUCCAUCAACAAAAGAGUGGAUAAAGCAGCUGUGGUGUAUUUACACAACAGACCACUACCCAGUCGUGAAAAAGAGUACAAUAACGCCACUAGCAGCAACGUGGACAGACCCGGAGACUGCGAGUCUAAAUGACCUAAGCCAGAAAGACAAAUACCAUGUGACGUCCCUGAUAGUGUCCGCUUUCUUCUUUUCAGAUUCCACACAAGAAAUAGACUCGCAGACAUAAUAAACAAACAAACACUCUUAUGGUUAUAGGGGGAAAGAGGGUGGGAAGGGGUGACUUUGGGAGUCUGAGAUUUACAAAAGUUAGCUACUGUAUGUAAAAAUAGAUUUAAAAAACCAAGUUUCUUCUCUAUAGCACAGGGCACUAUACUCUAUCUUGUAACCAUCUUUAAUGAAAAUGAACAUAUGUAUGUGCAUGACUGGGACACUCUGCUGCACACAAGAAACUGACACGUAACUGUACUGCAAUUUUAAAAAGAAACUGGGAGGAGGGUGUAGGUCAGCGGUAGAGUGUAAACCCCCCCAUAUCUCCAUUUAAAAAGUACAUAAAUAUACCUUAAUGCCCUCCCCCCAAAAAACCUGUCUAACCACCACUUUUUUCCUUCUGAGCUACAGAAAACAUCUUCAGAGUUGAAAAGAGCAGUGUCUGGGACCCGCUUGCCUAGAAGCCAUCUGGACAGCUCCUGUUCUGAACGGCUACUGCUCUCCCAACCCCACACGCACUCCCCCAGUCCAAGACACCAUCACGCCUCCUCCGGGAGCUACUGAACAGCCCAACUGGUCUCCCACGUGGUCUGUGUAAGACCCAGCAUGGAGCCGUCUGACCCCCACGCUUCAUAUCCCCCAGUGUCUUUCUUUCCCACAGCACUUGGACUAAAACCCGAGCUCCACAGCACGGCCCGCCGGGCCCUGCCCCUGCAUACGCCCACCUGACUCUGCCCCCCCCCCACACCCCCACUGCCACUACGCUGCUGCCACGCACUCUUCUGUUCAAUUUUGUCAUCUCUGCAGACUCACUUCUCUCUGAAAUGACUCACAUGCUUGUUUAUUUGCUUACUUGCCAACUCUCCCUGUAACUGGACUAAAACUGAAAACGAGGACCUGAAGCCACGCCAGCCAUACCGUGACGGCUUAGUCCCUAUUUGACGCCUCACUGAUUCAAGGGCCGAGAGCCCCAUCUUUAACAACCGAUUUGCCGAGAAUUGCGGCAGUGACCAAAAAACUGGAGGCAUUACCGGAGGAACUAUGACCUCGUGUGAAAUACAUGCAGGAGAGCUAAGUCAUCACUGUGCCACCCGCGCGGAUCACACAGACGGACCAAGACGGCUCUGCUCCAUUUGUUAUUGAAAGUAGUCUUCUGUUCCAUCUCGGCUACACAGUAGCUAAGUAGACACACAGCCCGAGAGCGCAGAUAAUAAAUACGAAAUGAAACUACGAAAACGAGUCUAUGGCUGUACAUGCGUGACUGGGACAUCACGCUGCACACCAGACACUGCCCUGGGAAAACGUAAAGAAGAAUUCUUAGUGUUUAGCAAUCGAAGUAAUGCACACGGAAAAAAUACAGCAGCUCACACAUUAAAAGGUAACUAUAAAUAAUAAACACGACGUUCUUUACACUCACUGA